AUGCUUGAAAAACUGAAACGAAAUAAAAUUCUUGUAAUAGCAGUAAGUUUAUUUUUAAUUCUCAUCAUUGGAUCAUUUCCUUCUGAUGUUAAUAUUUCAAACAAUAAUGAAAAUUAUUUUCUUGAUACUAACGCAAUAUUUGAUGCCUUAAAACAAGCAAAAAGUCUUGAAGCUGAACUUGAGCAAAGAUAUCAAUUAACUGCUAUUCUACUUCAUUGGAAGCAUUUAUCACGAGCACAACUAACAGUUCAAUACUAUCUUAAUAUAAAUUUUUUCAAAGAAAUUAUUGUUUGGAAUAAUAAUCCACUUAUUAAUCUUACUCUUAAUGAAUUUCUGACAAAUAAUCAAUCACAUAAUUUAGUUCGUAUCAUUAAUUCUAAAGAGAAUUUAAAAGAUGAAGCAAAAUAUCGAGCAUGUGCUGAAGCUAAAACACUUGCUUGUUUUUAUGCUGAUGAUGGUUGGGAUGUAUCUCAUUACAUGAAUACACUAAUUGCUAGUUUUCUAUCAGAUCCAAAUGUUUUACAUUCAGCGACAAAUGAAGUGACAUAUUAUAACAAUAUGUUAUGGACAUUUAUGGAUUCUCAAAUUGAUUUACAUACAGGAUUUUCAUGGCUCGGACGUGGCAGUAUAUUUUUACGUGAACAUGCUCAACGACAUCUUCAAUUACUUACAAUGAAUUUACAAACUAACCAAGAAUUAUUUGCAUUCAGUGAUUUAUUUUUUUCCAUUUGGCUCAAUGAUAUUCCAUCGCAAAUGCUAGUAAAUCUUCGUUCGCUACCAACAAAUGUGAGUGAGGCUGACAUAUUAUUUUCAUCUAUAAAUAAUUUUUAUGACUUUCAAUACACAAGCUCAGUUCUUGCUAUCCGUAAACUUGAAUAUUCACUACGUUUAAACCAAUCAACGAUGACUGUUAGUUUUCCUCGAAAACAAAAUCGUCGAUUUCCAUAUUGUGUUAAAUCACCUAGUCCACAAGAUGAUUUUAUAUUCUACAGCAAUGUUUUACCUGUUGAUAUUGAACAUAUUCAAUUUGAUGUUACACGAGAUGCCGAAAGAGGAACAUAUCGAAAUGUUCCUGGUGGUCCGAAUUACACACAUUUCGUCAAUUAUAAUACAUUGAAAGCGGUUGAUCAUGAUGAAACAACAUGUUGGCGUCCAAAAGGAUUUGUGAACAAGGGCGACUUUUUUGCUAUUGACUUUUUACGUAUACAAAGUGAUAUUAUAUUUUCACUGACUAUUGGACAUAGUCAAAAAGUACAAAAUAGUCUUAAUAUACGAAUAUCAUUUGAUGGUAUACGGUGGAUAUCACAUCAAUCACUCAAGGGCAUUUCUAUUAUUGUCAAUCGAAAGUCCACUGCAAAAUUUCAACGAUUAGUUAUCGAUUCAAGGCAAUUUUCUCCUGAAUUACAAUCAUUUCGUUAUGUUGUAUUCAAUGCAACGUAUGCUUUGGACGAAGCAUUUCAAGUGUGUGAUGUCCAAAUUAUAAAAAGUUCUAAAAGCAAUUCUAAAUAA